AAUGUGUGACUAAUUCAUAACAAGAGGCAAAUAAAUAAAUAAAACAGAAAAUCUGUAGAAACUAAUUUUAUGGUGUGAAAUUAUGAAGCUGCACUUGCAGGAGUUUAAAAAACACUUAUUCCUCAUGGCUAACCAAGCCGAAUCAUUUAUUCACUUUUAUUUCACUUUAAUGGAGGCGGCAUGGUUUCUGUUUCUUUAAUGUAGGGAGGUUAUAAUAGCUAUUGUAUAUUUAAUGAAUUGUAAAUGUAACCUACUGUGCCAUUUGUACAUGUUUUCAAAUAUUUUUCUUAUGUUUAGUUUGGUUAGGUCAUUUAUAUUAGCAUUAUGGAACAAGUAAAGAAAAAGUUUGCGACUAUGCGUCAAGAACUGGAUGAAAAGGAAGAAAGAAUUGACCAUUUGGAUAAACUCCUCAAAGAAAAAAAUAUAGAAAUGACUGAGUUUGAACACAGGAUUCAUGAUUUUGAGAGAAAGGAAAUAAUACAGGAACAGGAAAUUGAUGCACUACAAGACAAAGUUGCUGCACUCUCUCACAAAUUAAAAGAAUCGGAAGAUUCACAGGAACUUGCUGUACAAGAGGUUGCUACUUUAAACCAUAAAAUCAAAAUGAUGGAAGAUGAAUUGGAAGCAGCCGAAACAAAAGCAGAAGACGCAAAGAAACAAUUAGAAGAAACAAUGGCAGAGUUGUCUGAUAUUUAAAAUGCAACAGCAGUAAAAUUGUUUUUUGUCAUAAAAGAUAUAUACUCUU